AUGUCUGCUCCUUCACCUUUGACGAAACAUAUCGACUAUGAAUGGCUUACAUUUGAGAAUGACUUUUUUCACGAGUCUGUUUAUCGAGGUUCGCCAACUCCCGAAUUGGAGAAAGCAUGGGAUGAACUCUGGAAUUAUGGCGCUUUCAAUGUGCCAGAAAAGAUGGUCCCAGGAUUUAAUAAGUCAUCAACAGGAUUGAGAAGGGUUCCAGAAGAAAAAGGGGGAGGCGUUGCAGGUCUUUUGGAAGGAUCCCAUCAAAUUCAUUGCCUGGUAGGACUCGUUCCAAAAUAUACCUAA